UCCCAUGAAGUUGCCACAUCAUUUCCCCCACUUUAUCCAACCACCGCCUGCCGUCCCCCCAUUUCACUGCUCUCCUCCAUCUCUUUCUUCUCUUUCUUAGCUGUUUCUCUCUCUCUCUCUCUCUCUCUCUCUCUCUCUCUCUCUCUCUCUGUUUUUCAGCUUCCUUCUUCAAGUUUUCUUCCUUUGGAUUGGAACAAGACAUGUCAUCCAACAACAACAGCAACCCUUUUCAUAUCCUUCUCUCUCUUUGAGUUUCCUCCCACCCCACCACUCCAAUUCCAAUUCUAUUCACACCCCUUCUUCUUAUCUCUGAUUUUCUUUCGUGGGUUUUCGCUGAUUUCCUUCUCUAUAGUCUCUACUACCAUGCCUGCUUGGUGGGUAAGAAAAUUCAGUAAAAACAAGGAGCAGCAUAAUCAUCACCAUCAUCAUCCCACUUCUUUUCUCAACUUCUCCAAGUCUUCCUCCCCCAAAACCGAGCCUAAGACGGUCAGCGACAGGCCCAGGAGCUUCGAUGAGGUCGCUGCUGUGAUUUUCUCCCGCAAUUCCCCGAGGUCUAGCAGGGAUCUGGGCUCUUCCGGCGGCGGCGCCUCCUCUGGGUUUUCUGGGUUUGACUCCAAUAGUGGGGAUGAGAGUCAUCCUCUUCCUCGACCCAAUACCUCCGUCCUUGGGAUUGAUCAUGGAGUCGGAACUGGAUCGGGGUCGGCUUCCGUUUCCAGUGUUAGCUCUUCUGGGUCUUCUGAUGACCAUCCAUCUGCUCACGAACAGCUUCAAUUUGGAGGUUCCAGAGGAUUUGGCGAUACCAGAAUAGAGACAAGGCCGAGAAGUCCAGGGCCAGGAUCAAGAGGACCCACCAGUCCUACAUCACCUCUCAACCCACGGCUCAGCGGCAUGAGUCUGGAGUCUCCUACGGGCAAACUAGAUGAUGGGAAGAGUCGAUGUCAUAAGCUUCCGCUUCCUCCAAGUAGUAAUCCAACCAGCCCUUCUUCCUUGACCAGCACACGAGCCAUGAAUUUGGGUGACACCAAUACGACUACACAAUCAAAGUGGCAGAAAGGAAGGCUUUUAGGGAGGGGAACAUUUGGGCACGUUUACCUUGGAUUUAACAGUGUAAGUGGCCAAAUGUGUGCAAUUAAGGAGGUUAGGCUUAUAAGUGAUGACUCAACAUCAAAAGAAUGUCUCAAGCAAUUAAACCAGGAGAUAACCUUGCUCAGUCAGUUGUCGCAUCCAAACAUCGUCCAGUACUACGGUAGUGAAAUGGGAGACGAGUCGCUCUCAGUCUAUUUAGAAUACGUUUCGGGUGGUUCAAUCCACAAGUUACUACAAGAAUAUGGUGCCUUCAAAGAACCUGUUAUAAGAAACUAUACGCGAAAGAUUCUUUCUGGGCUUGCUUAUCUGCAUGGGAGAAAUACAGUGCAUAGGGACAUUAAAGGGGCAAAUAUCUUAGUCGAUCCGAAUGGCGGGGUCAAGUUGGUGGACUUUGGCAUGGCUAAACAUAUAUCGAAUUGUACUUCAAUGCUAUCUUUCAAAGGUAGUCCUUAUUGGAUGGCCCCUGAGGUUGUGAUGAAUACGAAUGGCUACAGUCUCGCUGUAGACAUCUGGAGCUUAGGGUGUACGGUUCUAGAAAUGGCAACGUCUAAACCGCCAUGGAGCAAGUACGAAGGGGUAGCUGCCAUAUUCAAAAUUGGGAAUAGCAAAGAUAUUCCUGAAAUUCCGGACCAUCUUUCCUAUGAUGCUAAAAAUUUCGUGCAACUAUGCUUGCAACGGGAUCCAUCUGCACGUCCUACUGCUGCAGAGCUACUGGAUCACCCUUUUGUUCAAGAUGCAGUAACACCAAGAAUAUCCGAUGUCAACUUUACCUUGGAUGCAUUUCCCUUUAGCUUCGAUGGAUGCCAGACCCCGCCGUUGUUAGAUCAGCAUCCAAACAGAAAAAGUAUAAGCAUAUGUGAUGGAGAUUAUGUGACAAACCCGAUGAUCUCUUCGAGAGCUCUGAGGAGUCCUAGAGGAAAUGUAAGAUUGAUCACCUCAUUGCCCGUGUCACCAUGUUCGAGUCCAUUACGAUCGUAUGGCCCCGCACACCAGAGCUGUUAUCUUUCACCACCCCACACUUCUUACACUGGGCUGGGUCAAAGUGGUUACAAUUUGAACGAAUACACAUACAACACGAGACCAAGCACAAUGUACACGCUCGAUCCGUUACGGGAAUCAUCACUAUUGAAAGUGCAGACCCAUAGUGGAUCACCAAGAACAAGAACAAGACCUCUAUGACAAAAAGUUUCAUGAGAAAGGGAGAAAUAUCCUCCCCACAUCCCCAGGUGUAAUUUUAUCCCUUGUGUAUCAAAAAAUAUGUAAGCACUGAGGCUUUCUAAUGGAAAUUCUGAAAGUUUAUUGUGAAGAGAGAUUUGAGUUAAUCAUGUAUCAGCACUUGAAAGAAGGGUAGUUGGUGGUGGGUUAAAACUUUUUAAAAACUGGGGGGAUAAGAAGUUUUUUCUUAGAGAAAUCUUGUAAGUUGUCACAAUAUUUUUUGGUCCUUGUAAAGGGAAGGUGGUCUGUAUAUGUAAUAAGUUUUGGUUUAUAA